GCCUUUUUCCGGAUUCCGCAGCAUUACUUUCUUCCUAUUGGUCCAAGGGUUCGGAGUGCAGAGAACAACAAACAAGAUAGGGUGAAGACCGUCGGGAUGGAUGCAGCUACUUUAACAUACGACACACUGCGCUUUGGAGAGUUUGAAGAUUUUCCUGAGACCUCAGAACCAGUGUGGAUCUUAGGAAAGGAGUACAAUGCACUCACAGAGAAGGAAGAUAUUUUAUCAGAUGUUACUUCAAGACUGUGGUUCACAUACAGAAAAAACUUUCCACCAAUUGGAGGGACAGGACCGACAUCAGACACAGGAUGGGGAUGUAUGCUUCGGUGUGGCCAGAUGAUCUUAGGCGAGGCCUUGGUGUGUAGACAUCUAGGCAGAGACUGGAGAUGGGCCAGAGGCCAGAAACAAAGAGAAGAGUACAUCAGUAUUCUCAACGCCUUCAUUGACAAAAAAGACAGCUAUUAUUCCAUCCAUCAAAUUGCUCAAAUGGGAGUUGGAGAGGGAAAGCCCAUCGGCCAGUGGUACGGACCAAACACAGUCGCCCAGGUUCUAAAGAAGCUGGCUGUAUUUGAUACAUGGAGCCGAUUAGUUGUACAUGUGGCAAUGGACAACACUGUGGUCAUCGAAGAGAUCAAGCGUCUUUGUAUGCCUUGGCUGGAUGCUGCAGGAGCCUGUUGUGACACAGAGACGGUGGGUGAGCUGAAUGGUUGUCUGGAGGGAGCAUGUGCCCUGGCUGAAGAGGAGACGGCCCUCUGGAGACCCCUCGUCCUGCUCAUUCCCCUCAGGCUGGGCCUGAGUGAUAUAAAUGAGGCCUAUAUUGAACCCUUAAAGCAAUGCUUCAUGCUGCCUCAGUCACUGGGAGUCAUCGGUGGAAAACCCAACAGUGCGCAUUACUUUAUCGGUUAUGUUGGAGAGGAACUCAUCUAUUUAGACCCACACACCACACAGCCUGCAGUGGAACCAUGUGAAGACAGCCAGGUCCCAGAUGAGACAUACCACUGUCAGCACCCGCCCUGUCGCAUGCACAUCUGUGAACUGGACCCGUCCAUUGCAGCGGGUUUCUUCUUCAGAACAGAGGACGAGUUUGACGACUGGUGUAUGCGCAUUAGAAGGGUGUCCUGUAACAGAGGGGGAUUGCCCAUGUUUGAACUAGUGGACAGUCAGCCUUCUCACAUGGUUAGCGUGGAUGCCCUUAAUCUUACCCCUGACUUCUCAGACUCUGACAGGUUGGAGCGGUUCUUUGAUUCAGAAGAUGAAGAGUUUGAGAUCCUUUCCCUGUGAGGAACAAAUGAACAAUGAUUUACUGUUUUCAACAGUAGGCGAAAGAUUCUCGCUCUCUUCUCUGUAUCAGAAGGGAAGCCUGAGGGGAUGAACAUUAAUUGGAGACCUCUUGAGCCAGUCCAGCUCCAAUGGUGUAGUCAGUGUGUGUCACACAACGUUCUUCUCAACAGCUUCUGAAUGCUCUCUGUAUCCAACAUAGAGACUGCCUGGUGGAAGCAGUAGCAGGAGCUCAGGAUAAAUUCUGUAUGCACAUCUUCACAUUGUGUUUCCAUUUGAGUCUUAACACUUUAAACGUUUCUUCUGAAGUGAUAUGGUGCCUUUCCCUGACUCCAUAAGUAAAAUUGCCAUAACAGUUUUAUGUUGUGUACACACAAAUGGUUCAUGAUGCCCAUGGCUUAUGCGGUUUGUCACUAAUAUCUGAAAGUCUGUAACAGCCUGUAAUGAAACCAAAUUUAGUCAAAUCUGCCGACGAGUUGUAUUAAUUGUUCAUGCCAAGACUAAACCAUACACACUAGUUCAUUUUAAGAUUAUUUAUUUACUCAUAAACAUUUAGAAAUUUAAAGAAAACAUGUAAGAUCAUUUAAAAUAAAACAAUAAAAAUCAGACUGAUAUUUGA